AUGGCUACCCCAUCAGCCUUCCUUCCCACUGCAGCCAGCCAGGCCCCCGGGAUGAACCAGAGUGGGGCUGUGGGGCAGGCAGAGCCCUCCUACGCUGUCCUCAAGUUCAUGGAGAGCUUCUGCCUGAUCAGCGCUGCCUGUGGGAUGGUGGGGAAUGGGCUGGUCCUGUGGUACCUCGGCUUCCGCAUCCGCAGGAACCACUUCACGGUCUACAUCCUGAACCUGGCGGCCGCCGACUUCGGGUACCUGCUCUGCAUCGCCAUCGAGACGGUGCAGUACCUGAUGCAGUUCAAUGUGGGGGUGCAGUUUGGGAUAUUCCUCUUCCUGGAUCUUUUCAUGUACGGGACGGGCUUGUACCUCCUGACUGCCAUCAGCAUUGAGAGGUGCCUCUCUGUCCUUUCUCCAAUCUGGUGCCGAAGCCACCGCCCGAAGCACUUGUCUGGCCUCAUCUCCAGCCUGCUCUGGGGGCUCUCCCUGCUGCUGAACACCCUCGGGUACGUUUUCUGCACCAUUCGCCCCUCUGACAGGACCUGCCGCCUCCUGCUCAUCACCAUUGGAUCCUUGGACUUCCUCUUCUGCACGCCCCUCAUGCUGCUCUUCAGCAUCACCCUCUUCCUUCGAGUCAAGUGCAGCACCCAGCACCUCCGAACCGGCAGGCUCUUCACCGUCAUCAUGCUCACUGUCCUCUUCUUCCUCAUUUUUGCUGUGCCUCUGGGCACCAUGAUCCUCUUGGACUUCUUGGGCUACCGAUUUCUCUACUCCCCAGAGAUCGGUUUUGUGCUGUCCUGUGUAAACAGCAGUCUCAACCCUGUCAUCUACUUCCUUGUGGGGAGCUACAAGGAUAAGAGAAUCAAGCUUGCCCUCAGGCUGGCAUUCCAGAGGGCCUUUGAAGAUUCAGAAGAUGACAAAGAUGAACGAGAAACCCGUGACACAAUAACUAUGUCCUCCUAA